CUUGCCUUUAGAGAACAUCCCACACCAUUCACUAACAGCUUCAGUUUAGGAAAGUUUUGAAAUAAAUCCUCAUUUAAAAAUGUUCUCGAUCAACACAACCACUGAAUACAACUUAACAGUUUUUGACAACACCAGCAGUUCAUACAACAAUGCAUUUGCUGAAAAGAUGAAUCUGGUCAUCAGUUUCAGCUUAAUUUUUGUGACUUUCAUCGCCAUGAUGUCUCUUGGUUGCACAAUGGAGGUCUCCAAAAUCAAGAAACAUCUCAUCAAACCCAAAGGGGUGGCGAUUGCAAUCGUGGCUCAGUAUGGAAUAAUGCCCCUAACAGCUUUCUGUUUGGCCAAGCUGUUUCACUUAGGUUCUUUAGAAAGCAUUACCGUGUUAAUUUGUGGAUGCUGCCCAGGGGGAAACAUAUCAAACUUCUUUGCUCUGGCGCUCAAGGGAGACAUAAACCUCAGUAUUGUGAUGACAACCUGUUCCACCGUUCUGGGCUUGGGUUUGAUGCCCCUCAUGAUCUACAUGUACUCACAGGGUUUCUCCAAUCUGGAAAGUGCCGUUCCUUACACUAGCAUCAUUAUGUCUCUGGUUUUAAUCCUGGUGCCUUGCGGUGUUGGCAUAUUGAUAAACUACUACUUUCCCAAAUAUUCAAAAAUUAUAACCAAGGUUGGGCUUUCUAUCCUGCUGAUCAUAUAUGUUGUCAUUGGUGUUGUGGUUGGUGUAAUAGAUAAAAACAAAGUUUUUCGGGUGACAGCUCCUCCACUUGUAGCCACAGCUGCACUGAUGCCAAUGAUCGGAUUCAUCUGUGGGUACAUCCUGUCGACUUUGCUCAAGAUGAACGCAUCUUGCAGACGGACUAUUGCUAUGGAGACGGGUUGUCAGAACAUCCAGCUGUGUACCACAAUCUUAAAGGUGGCAUUCCCUGCCGAGGUAAUUGGUCAGCUGUACCUCUUUCCCGUCGUGUACAUUGUGUUCCAGGUAGUGGAGGCUCUUUUCUUGGUAGUCCUGUUCAGAUGCCACCAGAUGCUGAGACCAUCUGAACAAGGUGGCCAGGGAGGCACAGGCUGGUCAGGGAGCCAUGGAGACAAAGAAAGGGCUGGAAGGUCAGUUGGGGCCAUCUUGGACGAGGCAAGGGACUCAGAGGUGGCCAUCCUGGAUGAGGAAGGGGAAUCAGAGGUGGCCAUCUCGGACGAGGCUGGGGACUCAGAGGCGGCCAUCCUGGACGAGGCAGGGGACUCAGAGACGGCCAUCUUGGAUGGGGAAGGGAGCUCAGGAGUGUCCAACCUGGACAAGGCAGGGAGCUCAGGAGAGGCUAUCUUGGAUGAACAAUGACUGCAAUGAGUCAUUGCAAACAAAGAGUUUAAUGCAACAAAACAAAGCAAACAUAGGUAACAUGACAAAACGAGGACCGACAAAUGACAAGUGAAACAAAAGGGCUUAUAUAGACCGAAAUAGUGAGGACAACAAGCAGACAAGAAACACAUGGGUAGACAAUCACAAAGAACCAAUAGAAAGCAGAACUACAAAGGACAGGAAGUAAAAUAAAAGUUCACAGAGCAAACACAGACUGGCCCUGCGUUCCAUUUCGAAGGGCUCAUCCCUAUGCCCUGUGAAUGGUUUACCCUCCGGAGUGAGAGUUUUGAAGGGUGUAGGGGACCAAACAACUGUUUCUUGAAGUACCCGUCUGUGUCAUCCUCCAUAAGGAGGUGGCGUCACCACCACCAAAUUAUUAUUAAACGUUAUUGUUCAACAGAAGCGAAUUCUGAUCGAUGUUCGCUGUCAGUUUAAUUCCACCUGUUUACAGACCUGUUUAGAUACCACUAGAUAUCUACAAAAAUCUAAGAAGGUAUCAACCAUUUCGCAAGACGUAUACAAUGCUGAUCCAGAAGCACUUCUGUUUCAGCGUUUUAGUUCUUUUAAAUUUUGCAUAUGUAAUUAGGGCAUUUAGAUGUUAAUGUAUAUUUUGAUUCAAUGCUAAAUGUUUUGUUGGAUGUAUUUUGUGUAAUGUUUGUGUAGUGUUAAAAACUCAAACAGGACGUUUAUCUGGACCAGUGUUGUUCCAAAAUAUUUACUCCAAUAAUUUGUGUCAUAAAGGAGAGAAUCCAAUUUCUCGGACAAAAAUGCAACACAGUAACCCAUGCUUUUACUCCUUUCUAAGAAACAAAAGUGUACACACCUGUGAAUAGACCAGCUGAAGAAACCAAUGGCCCUCUGACCUCAUUCCACAUAGUGCUCCAUAGCUGGGGCUUGAAGAAUGUGGGGCCAUAGAAUACCCGGGCCAAGAAAAACGACUGUCCACCCACAAAAGCGGUUGAAUAGAUAUGCAAGGGUAGAAAGCACAAGCUCUCUUUGUCUCAUCUCGCCCCGAUCUAGACAAAACGUGCAUUGCAUCUACAAUUGUCUGUUUAUAAUGUUGCAUGAUUAAAAUGUUACGGAUUCGUUUUUGGUGAAAACAUAACUGAAAUACACCUGGAAUCAAACCGUUUGAAUUUAUUGCUAUAGAAACGGUCAUGAUUUUGUGUAACCAAAUAUUAAACUUGUGACAAAAGUCAACCUAUUAUUGCAUCUCUUUCCAGAUGUCAACACCCCUGACACUUCAAUCAAUCAAACAUAAUUUAUUGUAUUUUUAGGAGUGGUGUAACCUGGUUUUACUAACGCUCUUCCUCAUGAUUCUCAAAUAUGAAUACUCAAACAUUACAAUGAAACUUAAUGCCUGCGUGUUUAUGCAAAGGUAACAUCAGAGAAAUCAUAAAAAGUUGUUAAAUAUUAAAAUAACCCCUACUCUGUUAAGUUGGUGGAAAUCAUCAGUUUUGGGAGGCUAACUCGUUUUUUAUUUUUUUGAAUGAUUUUAAUGUUAUAAGAUAGAUUCAAAUCUAACAUGGGAACGGAUGAAAUUGGUGAUUCAUGACCCUUUAAAUAAAUGCCAUUCGGAUGGAAUAAAGUGACACUAGUUAAAGGGAUAUUUCGAACAAAAGUAAUCUUUCUGUCAUCAUUUACUCACACUCUUGUCAUUUCGGCAGAGCACAAAAUAAGAUAUUUUGAAGAAUGUCGGUAACCGAACACUGGUGGUACACAAAACCAAUGCAAGUGAAUGGGUACCGACGUUGUUCAGUUACCAACAUUCUACAAAUUAUCUUUUGUGUUCUGCAGAAGAAAUAGUUUUACAGAUUUAAAAUGACAAGAGGCUGAGCAAAUGAUGACAGAACCUUUUUUUUAAUAACUGUACUAACUUCAUAACCAAAUUUUUUUUCAGGUAAUAUUAACAUCACUUUACAUGCAUUUGAA